AUGCCCCAUCCCACCCGCCCCUUUUCGCCUUUCUCCUGUGCCUCUUCUCGUUGGUUGCCCGCCCUCACCAGCCUGUUUGCCCUCCAACCAUCGCACAGCGUUGGCCACCCUUACUUCGCCUUUUUCGUUAAUUUGGCUUUCCCCCGUGCCAUCCGUCCUACGACUGGUCUGUUCGUUGUUCUGGUCUGUUCUGAUCCAGUUGGAAAGCCCAAUCAUCGUACGGAGUACCCUCUCUCCUCUAUCCAUUCACCCGUCCACACCACGGUCGGCCAGUACGGAGCGCUUCAGGCCCUACUGGAUGGUAGACGCGCUACCGGCUACAGUACAAGCUACAGUACCAGUCUACAGUACUAUACCGUGUACGACAGUACGGCCGGACUUGGAUCUAUCCAGCACUUCUCUCCAAUAGGUCGCGACAUUGAUUCGCUGGACGCGAUCAGCCUCGUCUCAAAUUCUGUCCUGCUUCUGCAGAAGCCGAUCCCCUCAGGUAUGUUUUCGCGCCGCCUGCAGCUCUUUGCCCAAUUCCCGUGCCAACGCAUACAUCGCCUCCUCUCUGCCCUCUCUGCCCUGGUCGUCCGACCUUACCCGCUCGGUCAAUCCAAGACCACCCCUCCUCUCCAUGCCCUGGGAUCAUCAUCCGACCCCUCCUCUCUCUGGAGGAGGGACAGCGCACCUGUCUUGCUUGACCUAGGAUGUGACAUACUGACGCUGCCCCAGUCCUGA